GGAUUACUUGUUGAUUGAUACACUGAUUGAUUGGUAUUGAUUUCAGGACUGUGGGGUGUGUGUGUGUUCAUUGAGGGAUUACUUGUUGAUUGAUACACUGAUUGGUAUUGAUUUCAGGACGGUGGCAGCAACAAAUAUGAAUGAGACGUCUAGUCGUUCCCACGCCGUCUUCACCAUCGUGUUCACACAGAAGCAGAAGAGACCAACUCACCAGCCUGGACACUGAGAAGGUCAGUAAGGUCAGUCUGGUGGACCUAGCUGGUAGUGAGAGAGCUGACUCGUCGGGGGCAAAGGGUUUGAGGUUGAAGGAAGGAGCUAAUAUCAACAAGUCUCUCACCACCCUGGGGAAGGUCAUCUCUGCUCUGGCUGAAAUGCAGAACAGUAAGAAGAGGAAGUCCGACUUCAUCCCCUACAGAGACUCGGUCCUCACCUGGCUCCUGAAAGAGAACCUGGGUGGUAACUCCAGGACAGAGGAUGGAUGGAGGGGAG